AAAGCAUCACGCCAAACCCACAAAUAAAAUAACCAGAUCUAAAAAAAUAACAAAUAGUAAUACUGAAGUAGCCAAAAUCAAUAGGCAAAUCUCCCGAAAAAACAACCAAACAAAGACGACCAAGCAAUGUUCUUCUUCUUUGCGGGUGGGUUAGAGCGGCAAGUGCGGCAGGUGCUAAAAUCCGGUGUGGGAAGGUGCAUAAACUGCGGAUCACGUGCCGACCUCGUGGAGUACGAGAAGGUUCUGAAGCUCUUCUUUGUUCCCGUCUGGCGGUGGCCAGGGAAGGAACCUCUCUUGUACUGCGACAAUUGCAGGUUCAUGUUCCCCCCACCACGGCUGCAGGAGUCGGCAUCGCUGUCUCCGGCGGCGGCUGUUUCCGAUGCCUUGCGGUGCCGAUUCUGUGACCGGUCGGUUGAGGCCCACUUCAGGUUCUGCCCCUUCUGUGGAUCCGAACUGUGAAAUGUUAGUUGUUGAGAAUAAAGUGUAAUUUUUUACUUUUAAUUCUAUAAGUGGGACUAAAAAUAAAUGAGAAAGAGAAUACAAUAAAUGAUGAGAUCUUUUACGGGAUAUCAUCUAAUUUUUUUUUACUGAAAAGUAUCCACUCCCGUAUUUUG